AUGGAGAUUAUGAGGACCUCUCAGUUGCUUCACCUGUUCCUUGCUCCUAUUGUGUUUUCUUUACUUUCACUCUUCCCCUGCCCUGCGUCUGCCAGCACAGGGUCUGACUAUGACUAUGGAGCACACCCACGCUUUGUUUGCACCCCUAUCCCCGUGGAUGCAGAUCCUGCCUGCUUCCCCACAGGGAGUCCAGGCGUAGGGGCGGCAGGGCCCAGCGGGCCAGGCCAUCAAAGUGCACCUCCUGCUGGCUGGUGGGGGGCGAGCGAAGAGGCCAAAGCCACCAUCCUCCACCUGAGGGAGAGCCUCGUUCAGCAGAAAGAGACCAUCCUGGACCAGAGGGAGACCAUCAGGGAGCUGACGGCCAAGCUCACCCUGUGCGAGGGCCUCGGACGAGAUGCGACGCCUCACACCGACCACCACGGCACAGGCUCGCACUCUCAUCACGCAUCAGUGGCUGGCCAUCACACGUACAAUGACAACGGGCACUAUAGCAACCACCAGGGUCACCAUGGAAACCUCAUCCCAGACUCACCGCACUACCCCUCUGUAGGGGGGCAACGAUCUGAUGGAGGGUACAGCAGCAACCAUCAGGCGAAGGAUAAACAUGUGACGCCAGGGGAGAUCACAUCCUCACCAGAGCAGAUGGAGAGGAUGCUGCAUGCGCUGAAGGAGAGGCUGGACAACCUGCAGAAGAGGAACACAUCCAUCGCCUACUCCAGCUCUCUGAAGGAGCUGCUUCAGAGGAAGAUCACCGCUCUGGAGCAGCAGCUGCACCAUCACACCUCCGCCCUCAGCAGCCCGGACCACCACGAUGACGACAGCAGCCACAGAGAUGACGGAGACCAUCACGACGACGACCAUCACGAUGAUGAUCACCACGAUGACGGACACCCGAAUGACCACAAGGACGACCACAAUGAUGGCAGCCACAGCGACAGCCACACCGACCAUCAUGAUGACAGACACAAUGAUGACCAUCAUGAUGUGGAUGGUGACCAUGACGACCACCAUGACAGUCACCACGAAGAUCAUGAUGAUGAUGAUGAUGAUCAUUACGAUCAUGAUGAUCACCACAGUAACGAAGCAGACAGUCACAGUUACCUGUCACACACAGGAUACAGAGAACCAGGGCCACGGACUGGUUUCCACUCAAAUAAACUGGAGUCAGUGCUCAACCAGCUGCACCUCGCAGGUUCCAGGAAGAAAUUCAAGAGUCCCGAUGCCUUCCAGAUCAGCUUCCCCAUAAGGACCAACUACAUGUAUGGGCGGAUGAAGAGGACGCUGAUGCAGGAGAUCUUUGCUCUGACUUUGUGUCUUUGGAUCAAGGCAGGUGUUGGGCCCGUCCUGGGGACACCUUUUUCUUACUCUGCACCUGGACAGGCUAAUGAACUGGUGCUCAUCGAGUGGGGGAGCAACCCCAUGGAGCUGCUGAUAGACGACAAGGCUGCAACGCUGCCCCUGUCUCUGGGUGACGGGAAGUGGCACCACGUGUGUGUGACCUGGUCAACAAGAGACGGACAGUGGGAGGCCUACCAGGAUGGAGUGCAGAGGGGGUCUGGGAUAAAUCUUUCCCCCUGGCACCCUAUCAAACCUGGAGGUGUCUUCAUCCUGGGACAGGAACAGGACACUCUGGGAGGUCGUUUCGAUGCCACUCAGUCGUUUGUGGGCGAGAUGUCCGACCUGCACAUGUGGUCACAUGUCCUGACUCCCAGUGACAUCUACAGCCUGGCGUCCUGCGGCAGCCACCUCAGAGGAGACAUCCUCGCCUGGUCUGAGUCAGAGGUGGAGCUUCGUGGAGGUGUCGCCAAAUACCCCUUUGACCCCUGCCACUAAGAGGCUGGAGAAGAAUGCUGAGAA